UAUAGAGCACUUGUCAAUGAAUAUUCUUCCCCCAUAUUCGAAUACUUCCGCCAAAAUAGAGCACCGACUGUUCGAUUCGAAGAACUCGAUAAUUAUUCGAUGCGAACUAAUCGAAGAUAUUAGACGCCGUACAAACUAUAAGCACCGAAGUUAUUCAAAUAAUUCUCUAAAAAAAAUUUAUAUCCACGUCCAUUAAACAGUGAAAUCUGAUAAACAUUAAUGUUAAAGUAUUUAAUAAUUUUUUGAGUUAGAUAUCUGGUGGGUUAAUUAGUGUUAAAAGUGGGAUGCAGAGAAAGAAAGCGAGUCUAUUUCCUGAGUUGAUGUAGAAAAUGUUGGAAGUGAAGAAACUGGAGAAGUGUGAUUGGAGAAAUGGUGGGGGACAUGGGGAAGGCCGACGAGGAGUAAACGAGCGUAGAGUACGGGCCCAUAGAGCCACCAGGAAAGGUGCCGGUAUCAUUUCGAGUCGAGAAUCAGCAAACAACGCUUGUCCUACCAGUUUCUGUGUAUUUACACUAUUUACAUUGACCAGUUUUAUUUUCAAGACCAACCUAAGUGCCAUAUACCGCAUUGCCAGAUGCAUGAUGGGGAUGAUGGGGGUGUUCAAGUGGUUGAGAAAGGACAUCGUUCAACGUGAUCGACAUCGCCGGAACCUGUCCCCGAAAUUCGAUGGUCUCAAUAACGAUGCGUACAGAAAUGCGAUUCAAGCGUUCAUCGAGAGGCGAAAAAGUCCAAGUGAUUCAAGUUUCCUUGUAGCCACAAACAGUCCGGAUAAAGCUAGGCUUGAUUUGCUUGCCAAGAAGAAUUAUCAGAACAGUAAAAACAAAAACAAUAAUAAAGAAGUUAUGAUGCCUGGUGUGCCAUACGCACCUGGACCGGAUAUUUUUGAGAUUGGCUGGGUGGCAGGCACUGAGGAUCGCUAUCUGGAACUUAUUUCUGCAGAAUGGCAUAACACGAGGGUCUCACUGAGACGACAUAUUCAUCCUGAUUGUAAGAAUGCUGUGAGGGCAGAUCUGGAAGUACUUUCAGAAAUUCGUCACUCGAACGUUUUACUGCUGAUGGGCACAACUCAUACUGAGGAGCACGGUCUAGUAGCGAUAUUCGAGCCGGUAGACUGCACUCUUUUCAACUACAUUCACGAGCAGGGUGAACGAAUUUCGGUGCAGGGUGUUGCCAAAUGUGCAGGAAGUCUGGCAGCAGCCCUGAAACAUGCUCACAUGCGGGGAUACAUCCACAGUGCCAUAAGUUCUCACUGCGUCUUCCUCGCAUCGACGGGAAUGGUUAAACUUGGAGGCUGGGAAUUAGCUACCAAUGUCGCUGGACCAAAGACAUUCCAUGAAUAUGAAGAUCGCCUACGCUCAGAGAUCUUCAAAUGGCAGGCACCUGAACUUCUCAGUGGUCACGAGGCGUCAAUAGCUACUGAUAUUUACAGCCUGACCCUGCUGAUGUGGGAAAUGUGCACGAUGAAUAUCCCUUGGAAUAACUUGAGUAAAGCCGACUUAGAACAAAGAAUUGAACUUCCAGAUAACACGGUCGAGGAUAUCUACAUUGACGAUGAGUUUGGGGAUAAUUUAGCUGUCAAUAUGGUACUUCUAAAUGAGGAUGACCCAGCCGACGACGAAGACUUUCUUCCGGACCUUCUCGAACUCUCCGAUAGGUCUCAUGAGUGCACUGAAUACUUAUAA